AUGCCCGGAACCAUAAGCUCAACUACGACGCUUAUAGGGAACAGGGAUUUUGAUUUGGGCAUUGGUAGAGGGCGCUCAUUGGAACGUACAGACAGGGAAAUUUAUUUAAGAUUGUUGAACCGCCCUAAAACGCUUUCCGAUAACGUUGGGGACACUGCGUUUUCCCAUGCAGUCGGUGCUACCGAUAUCGCACCUUCUACUGGCGAUAAGCCGGAAUUCAUUUCUGACCCGCGGGCCCAAUACAGGGCUUGGAGAGUCGACCGUACGCUCUCCAUGGGCCCAGAGAAAGCCUGGUCCAUUGGCACUAACGAUAUAAUCGGCCACCAAGAUGGACAGGUUGAAAAAUCUAUUACGGAGGUGCUAGCCGGUGUUGAACCGACGCGGAGCCGGAAAGCAAGUCAUAGUCUACGUUUCUUCAAGGAGGGUCUCCCAGAAGAGAAAGGCAGGCGGAGGGAAUCAAAAUCAGUAGGACAUCAGCGAGACAAGUCAUUGAUCGCCAAGGGCUUGGCCGCAGAUGCAAAUUAUCAGAAAUGUUCCGAUGAUAAUAGUGUUUUUCAGUCCCCAGUACCCUCGCCCCAGUCUAUUGAAGGCGACCACUCUCCUUCUCAUGGCCCAAGCGUGCAGUCUUUUCCUUGGGGUAACUCAGAUGCCAAGUCUGUUCCUUGUGAAACUACUGAACUCGAUUACUUCGGCUUGCAACUACCGCCGAAGCACAUUUCCGACCCUGCCAGAGCGUCUUCCCGGGAGCCUCUUACUGCAAAACAACGGACUUACAGUGGACACAACGGUUCUGCUAUCGUACCCGAUGAGGGUGUUGGAGAUAUUCAUCGUGAAUCAAGUGACACGACGGAAGUUGGAGAUGUAGCCGAAGAGGGCGACGAGUCAUCUGAAGAAAAGAUAUCUUCGGCUGUGUUUCUACCGCAUCAGGGCUUGAACCAGAGUCCGGAAAAAAGGGAUGCUCUUCAGAAGGAUUUCAAUAUCUCGCAGCCUGUCUCUCGCAAAACCCACGGUGAGAAUUUUCACCCUUGGUUGGUAAAAGCAGAUGAGCCUGAAGCUGAAGAUGGGACGAGGGCUGAUGGACUGGACGGUGGUAAUGUCAACCGUAAUAAUGACCCAGCCUCGCAUGUUCAAGACUUCUCGCGAAUAGAUGAUGAAUGUGCUAUCGAGGAUGAGAUCGAGUCCCCCCAAAAAUCUCGUGAUAUAUCUACUAGACCAUCUCAACCGCCCUCCCAGUAUUUUGAGGACAUGGUGCAAGAUCAUCAAAAUGAACCAGAAUUACCCCUUGAUGCAAUUGAACUUAUACCUUAUAAGCAUCAGGUCGGUGGUCAUACAACCAUCUGGAGAUUUUCCAAGAGGGCUGUGUGCAAGCAAUUAAACAACCGAGAAAACGAAUUUUAUGAGAAAAUUGAACGAUAUCAUCGUGAUCUCCUACCCUUCCUGCCCAGGUAUAUUGGUGUUCUUAAUGUCACCUUUCAGAAACAACCACGGCGAAAAUCGACGGUCAAAAAAGAUGACAACCAUACACCAGAAAAGAAAACGGGCGAGCAAGAUGAGCAGCCAAACGGGCAUAAGGGAACGGCUAGCCUAGGGGUCCUGCAAGGAUUUGACGCAUCGGAUAGAGAAGAUCAGCGUCAUCAUCGCAGGAUUGUCAGCCAAUCCCUCCAAUCGUCGCAGAACCCGAUACCAACAGUCACUUUUGUUGAUAACCGUCACAUUCUACCUCGAAGUUUACUCCGACCUGCGGUAUCUGCAGCCGACAACGACGGUCGCCCAAGGAGCGCCUCCGCCGCUGUAGGCCAGCAAUAUUUGCGUGAUAAAAAUCUUCAAAUGGGGAUAUUGUCAAACCGGCCGUCUCUGGAAGAUCGGCAUGCUAAUAGCUGGGGUGCUACGACUGUUAAUAAGAGACUACGAAACGAAGUCUUUAAUGAUGCUUUUUUGAAGCAGCCUAUCGCAAUACAUAAACACCGGAGACCGGCGUCCCAACAGCGGUCGAUCCCUCGUCGCUCAGUACAGCAAGUCGAGCGGCCGAUGACUGCUGAGGGUGCUUUGCCUGGUCGAGACAAGACUAAUGGUCAUGUUCGACAUUCUCACGAAGCAAAUCCACCAAAGCCUCCCCCACUGCUUGUACAGACUCAAAGUGAUGCUAGUGUCGACUCGGUUUGUUCGGGAGUUGAAGGCAUGGACCAUAUGAAAGAUGUUACAGGGACUAGUGCGCCGGAGCCUGAAAUUUUAUCAGAAAAGUUCGCUCAAAGGCGGAGGCGGCGCAACUCGGGAAGCAAACUUAGGCGGAAGCCCGAGGACGUCGCAGACCCGCGUGGACAUCUUAAGUAUUUCGAAGACCCAGACGAAGUUGAAUAUAGGAGGGAUAACGAACCUCAGGCAGAAUUGCGGAAUCAUGUACAUAAAACAAAUGGACACAAGCUCGAAGUCGACACUAUCGAGAAUGGAAAUGGAGAUGGCUCCGUAUUUCAGUCAAAUCUUUCAUCAGAGGCACCUUCGGCUCUUCCGAGCCCUACGAUGGAACUUAAGAAAAUUCCACGGCCUAUCAACCCCAAAGAAGCGCAGACGCAGCGCGACUCAAGGGUAGAAUAUUUCUUAUUGUUGGAGGACCUUACUGCUGGUAUGAAACGGCCCUGCAUCAUGGAUUUGAAGAUGGGUACUCGGCAGUAUGGUGUAGAUGCCAACCCAAAGAAGCGUGAGUCGCAGCAGCGUAAAUGCGCCAACACGACAUCCAGAGAGCUAGGCGUUAGGGUUUGUGGACUACAGGCUUGGGACGCCAAAUCCCAGACUUACGUCUUCAAAGACAAAUACUACGGACGUAGUCUCAAGGCAGGUGCAGAGUUUCAAAAUGCUCUAACUAUGUUCCUCUACGACGGCGUAGACUAUAGCAGCGUCCUAAGACAUAUCCCAACAAUCCUACAGAAACUGAACCAACUUGAGAUGACCAUCCGUAGGCUGCGCGGUUAUCGGUUCUACGCGGCUAGCCUACUAAUGUUUUACGAUGCCGACAAUUCGGAUGAGGGCUACGAUACGGGCGCUGACGAGUCCACUACCGACUUCCCAACAGACACGGAAGAUGUGUGGGAUAUCAGAAAACGUCGGAUCAACAAGAAGGAGAUCGACUUCAAGAUGGCCGACUUUGCCAACAGCGUCACGGCAGGAGACCUGGCCGAAAACAAACCAUGCCCGCCGAAACAUCCAAACGAACCAGACCGAGGAUUUCUCCGUGGUCUUGCAACUCUUAGAAAAUACUUCUUAAAGAUACAGAAGGACGUACGCAACGAGUUGGGAUUAGCUACGCCACGUAGACAAAGCGAAGUCGGAGAAGAAAUUGAAAGGGACGACUAUGAGGAGGAUUCCGUCAGCGAGUGA